CAACAAUGGCUUCCUCUAUGAUUUCCUCUUCGGCGGUGACCACCGUUAAACGCGCCUCUUCGGUGCCAUCCGGCGCGGUGGCUCCAUUUGUUGGUCUCAAAUCCAUGGCUGGUUUCCCAGUUAGAAAGGUCAACAAUGACAUCACUUCCAUUGCAAGCAAUGGUGGAAGAGUACACUGCAUGCAAGUGUGGCCACCAAUUGGCAAGAAGAAGUUUGAGACUCUCUCAUACCUUCCACCAUUGACUGAAGAGCAAUUGCUAAAGGAAGUUGAAUACCUUCUAAGGAAGGGAUGGGUUCCUUGCUUGGAAUUUGAGUUGGAGAAAGGAUUUGUGUACCGUGAGCACAACAACUCACCAGGAUACUAUGAUGGAAGGUACUGGACAAUGUGGAAGCUUCCAUUGUUUGGUUGCACUGAGGCUGUUCAAGUGUUGAAGGAACUUCAGGAAGUUGUAAAGGCUUACCCUAAUGCUUUUGUCCGCAUCAUUGGAUUUGACAAUGUUCGCCAAGUGCAAUGCAUUAGUUUCAUUGCACACACACCUAAAGAGUUCUAAGUUUGUGUUAUUUUAUCUUUGUCACAUUGCUUUGUAAUUUGUUCUGCUUUUUAUUUCCUAAAUGUAUUCCUAUGUUUAUUUUAAAUUUCUGUUUUUUCACAUUUCAAGAUGAUAAUGGGAUGUAUAAGAUUUAAUGAAUAAAAUUGUUACUUUGUUCCCAA